UUUACAGUAUAUUAUUAUUCAGGUCACCCAUAUCUUGCGGUUAGCGUAACACAAAGUGAUGUGGAAGACUGCGUGUGCUUGCGCAAGUGAGCCGGGGGUUAAUGCAUUGUAUAGGGAUAUCAAGGUUCAGUUCAUAUUUAAUAGAGACUGAAAGCGAGAAAGAAAGGGGGUGAGAAUGCGAUGCAUGCUGCUUCAUGUUCUAUUUUGACAUCAAAACGCUUAAAUUAUUAAUUUUUGACAACAAAACGCAUAUUAUUAAUGAUGACUGUGCACACAGAGAAAGGUCACAUGGACCAAACUAGACUAUAUAUUUAUGCCUGUAGGAGCAAUUGUGAACUGUCUGGUAAAUAUUGUUAUCAAUAUCUGUAUGUUGUACCGAUACAUAUCCCUGCACCUCGACCUAGUUGUUUGUCUUCGGGUUGCAUAAAUGUCGCCCCUAAUAUUAAAACAAUAGGCCUAUAUAAAGCUCGAGGGAGGUCAAAGGUCACUAAAGGUCAAACGUCAGCAGAGGUCAGAUGCGUUAGCAUACUAGGGGCAGGGCCUCACUUAAAUCCCCGCUGGUCUUCAAAUCGAUAUAUUCAAAUGACAUAGCUAUAAUCAAAAUGUGUAUGCAUGGUACUAAACACAGACAUGUAAAUAACAAAGUUUGUUUAAAGAUUAUAUGUCAACGCCAACAUGUUUUUGUAUUAGAGAGGUGAGUGAGUGAAACUGGCAUGCAACGAUUUUUAUUGCAAAACAAAGAACUACGUGCGAAAGGAAAUGCACUUAAUUCUAGUUCAGUUCCUCGAUAAUGUGAAGCGAAAGAGAGGUAUGCCUACACGCCAAGCUUUCUGUAAUGAUUUCACGGUUAUUUCUUUCAUUGUGAUUUUGCUUCGUCAAGGCACGCAGCACCCGAAUAUUGAUAUUGGUCUAAUAAUAGCAUGGCUUAAUCUUGGACCUAAACCUGAUACCCUGCUAUCCCCAAAGUGCCAACAAUUCAUUUCAAAUUAAAAUAGCCCGCCAUGGGGCUCCUGCGCAUGUGCGCAUUCUCAGAAUUAGGGAACAUAUAAACAGCUGAGCUGCGACGCUGCAGACAUGCGAUAUGGCCUACUUACAGUAUUAGCUGUGGCCACAAGCACACAAAACACCCAGGGAUUUCCCCAUCACUGAUUCAGCCGGGGAAUUUACCAAGUCGUCAUGAGUGUUGUGGGAGAAAUAGGCAACGAUGUCAGCGCGGGAAAGCACCUUGAGGCAGCGCAGCGCACGCGGGGAGAGCUCUGCCCGGCGUGCGGCCGCUGUGCCAAGGGCCGCAGGGACUGGGUGCCUGCGAUCGUCGUCGCAGUUUUACUCCUCGUCGCUCUAGCCCCGUGCGGCGUUGUGUUUACGCUUAAGAUGCACGCACUGCAAGACGGAAUAGAUAGAUGCGAGCGGAACGCUGCAUACUUUGUAAACUCCCGACACGAAGGAGUUUUGUCUCCUAAAGAGCCUUCACCGGACCGUGACCGAAAACCGCCCUCCCCAGUUGUCAACCAUGAAGAGAAAAUUAUACAAGAUGUGGUGGCACAAAAUGAAACUGAAGUUGAGGAAUACGAGGACUUGGAAAGCGCAGACAAUACGCCGGAGAAUAUUUUCACCAUUUUGGCGUCCUUGAGGUCCCGCGAGAGCGCGAGACUAAAACGUAGCGCAGAGAGGCGGAGGGACAGACGCCAGGGGACUGGCCCAGAAUCUACGACAACUCCAACCAGACACAAGAAUAAGUGCCCACGUAGGUGUAGACGUUGUUGCAUAAAGGGUGACCAAGGAGAAAAAGGUGACAAAGGGGACCCCGGUCCACCAGGCCAGAUGGCGCUGGCGGCGGCACUUUACCAGGGGAAUGUAGGUCGGUAUGACGUACCUGAAGAGGAUUAUGAUCCAAAUAAUAUACCGGGUGAGAGGAUCGGUUGCGACCAUGCUAAUAUCAGGGAGAGGACUUUCCGAAGCUGCGAUGGCAAACUACAGCAUUGGGAGAAGGCACCGUGGAUGACACACCCAGAUCACGCGAGAUAUUACGAUAACAAGUUUCGUCUGAACUGGGACGGCCAGGUGCAAGUGACGGAAGCCGGGUUGUACUAUUUAUUCGGACAGGUAACAAUAAUGUUCUACAACGCGGCUCCAUUCAACACGGCGGGUAUAGACGUGAAGGGUCGCAGCAUAGUAAGAUGUACCCACAGCGUGACCAACGUCAACCAAGGUGGCACCGCCCCCACCUACCAAACGUGCUCCAUGGGGACGAUAUGGUACCUCGAAAGGAACGACAACGUGCGAAUGGUUGUUAAACAAGGCAACCGAGUGAUAGACAUGCAACAGGAUACGACAUUCUUCGGUCUGGUGAAGUUGGCUGACGCACCGGAAGUGGUGACGUCAGCAACAAGGCCCCCGACGACACGUAGGUGAGGGCAGAUAGUCAUUCCAUCAGGGACAGGAGACACUUGAAGAGAUUGUGCCUCAGUUAAAGUGUGGUUCGUAGAAAUGGAUAAGGGAAAGGUGUCACUUUCAACGUUUGAUUAU